AUGAAACUUGCCAAAAAACUCAUUUACUCUUCACUUUUCUUAGGUUUAAUUCUAUUACUUUAGAACUUCGAAGCAUCAGAAUCCAAAUUAGAUGUCAAAACAUAAAAAGAAGAGAUUUGUACAGACGGUAAAUAACAAAUAUUAUAAAACUAGAUCUUGAAGUAACUGAAUCAGAAAGAGAUAGUGCAUAAUAAAUACUUGAUAAUCUAUAUGACACUAAUAUAAGAAGCGAUGUUACAACAGCUGUUAAUGAUCAAAGUGCAGGGAUUGAUUUGAUUUUGAAUCUCUUAAGAUAUAUAAUCCCUUGGGCUAUCUUUUUGAUCAUAUCUAUAUUUGGUUGGAUUUUCUAUUGUUGCUAUUGUUGUUGUGAUAAGUAAGACAAUAAUUAAUAUUAAUAGAAAAUGCCCACCAUCAAAAUGUUGUAAAAGAGACUAUGAAUUCAAUAAGUUAUCCAAAAUGGAGCUUUAUGUUCCAGUAGGAUUUGCUCUUAUAUUAAAUUUAUUGCUUUUCGCAGCAUCAAUAGCAGGAUUAGCAUAUUCUGGUGACGUAGAAAGAGGAAUGAAAGCUGCUCGUUGUUCCUUGGUAUCAUUGUUCUAUGAUAUCGUUUAUGGAAAUUCAGGAGCAUUUCCAGGUUUAGCUGGUCUUGCAGAUAACAUUGAUUCUAUAAAUUAAGAGAUUUCAGACUUUUAAAAAUAACUAAAAGUUGUAUUUGGUAGCAAGACUUCAAAAACCAUAAGCCAAAAAAAGAAUGAUGUGAUCACAGCCAAUAAUAAGUAAAAAUAUUAAUUUAUAAUAUUUCUUAGCAUGAAAAGAGGAGCCUCCAAUGCAGCAGUACCAGUUUUAGAUGGUGGAGCUGAGAGUUAUUUAUCCUCAUAAAACUUUGUAAUUAUUAUAUUCUAUUUGUUAGCUUGACUAUAUUUUGAUGUCAUCUACUGAUUCAUCUUCCUCUACCUAUACUUCAAAUUACAACAAUUUACAAUCAAUUUAUAAAGAUCAUUUAAAAUGCACACCUUAGCCAGAGGCUUUUGCUUCUUAUUAUGAUGGAAUGGUUAAAACAGCAGAAGAAUUAGAAACUUAUGCUACUGAUAUCUCAGGAGAUGCUUUUGAUACUAGCACAUUAGAGAGUGGAAGUAGUACAAUUGAUGGAUUUAUUUCUGAUAUUAAUGAUGCCAGCACAACUCUUUAUGACAAUACUAAAGUAUUAGAUGAUGCUGGAACAUAUGCAACUUUAGCUCUUAAUGUAUUAUUUGGUGUAGGAUUGGGUCUAAGUAUAGUAUCAAUUUGCUCUAUCAUUUUGAUUGUUUUAUUGAAAAUCUAUAAAGUAAGAGGAUUAUUACACUUUACUUGGUGUAUCUAUGUCAUUUUGAUGAUAUUAUGUUUCUUAUUAGCUCUCCUUUUACAUCCAUCCUCUGUCAUCUUUGCUGAAGUAUGUUAUUAUCUCGAUUCAUUUGUCAAUGACUAUGAAUUUUAUUAACAAACAUAAUUCAUUGAUGCAGGAGAAACUAAAGAUAUUAUAUCUUCCUGUUUCUUCCCUGGUUCAGCAGAGAGUCUAUUUGAAGUCAUGAAUUUAGCUUCAGCUACUGAUCCUUUAGUAGGAUUUAAAUAACAAAUCCUUGAUUUCCAAACAUAAUACUCUUCAUUUGAUGGUCAAAAAAAAGAUUUUAAUGACAAAUUAAAUAAUAAUCUCUUAGCCGUUUAAAAUUGUAAAGAUGGAACUGUCUUUGAUGUAAAACCAGCUGACUAUGUUCCACUAAAAGCAGCUUUUGAUAAAUUCAAUAAUUUCAAAUCAAAUUCUGGUUGUGUUGAAUUGGCAGUUAGUAAAUGUGCUGAUGGAUUAUUACCUAUGAGAUCUGCUUCAGAUACUGGAUCAACAUUUAGUUAGAAAUGUUGGCAUCCUGCCUAUUUAGCAUCAUCAACACCAUCUUGUGCUGAUUAGAGUGGUUUAGCUGAAACUGCUGUAUUGAAAAGUCAAUAUAAUAAAUAAUCUUCAAUGUGGUCAUCUCCAACAUCAAAAGAAUAAAAUAUUUUAACUUUAAAUGCAGAUGUAUCUAAGACAUUCGAAGAUUAUAUGAAUAAGAUUAAUGAUUUUAUUAGUGAUGCUGACACUAUUAUGGGGCACUUAGAGGCUUUAUUAAAUGGAGUUGAUUGUUCAUUUUUGAAGGUAAGAAUUUAUUUAUAAUUUUAUAGGAAUCAUUCAAUAAUGUAUUAGAUGGUCUAUGUGUUGUGUUUAUUCCAGGAAUAUCCAGAACAACUAUUUUAAUAAUUAUAAUAGGUGUUUCUAUGUUUUUUGGUUCUUUGGCAAACUGUUGUGUUGGAUUGAGAGCAUAUAGAAUUUCAAAUUAUGGUUUCAAAGAUGGAGAUGGUUCAGGCUCUAAAAUAGCACCCAAAGAUCCAGAAACUUAAGGAAUGACAGUCUAGUGAU